UCAACUCGGAAGCAGAAGGAUGUGGCUGAUUUCAGUGUUAGUGCCUCUUCUCAAACUCUAUCUAUGCGGAGUCAAAGUUCUUAUCUAUCAGAUGUUCAACAGAUCUUUUACGCUACCAGUCUUACCCAAGCAAAAUGGAAGGGUUGCCAUUGUGACUGGGGGUACCCGAGGAAUGGGGUUUGAGACAGCGAGACACCUGGAAAGCCUUGGAAUGCAUGUUAUCCUAGCUGGGAACGAGAGAGAAGAGGGCAGAGCAGCCGUCAGAAAGAUUCAAGAAGAAGGCGGCAAUGGGAAAGCUGAGUUUGUCUUCGUGGACCUGACCUCGCUGAAAUCUGUGCGAUACUUUGUCCAACUAUUCAAAGCCCGAGGUCUCCCUCUCCACGUUCUGGUUAACAAUGCGGGGACCAUGCUGGUUCCUGAGAGACAGACAGAGGAAGGCUUUGAGUUCCACUUUUGUCUCAACUACCUCGGCCACUUUCUGCUGACCAACCUGCUGCUGGACACGCUGAAGAAGUCAGGACGACACGGCUGCUGCUCCCGCAUCGUCAACAUGUCCUCUGCAACACACUACGCUGGAGUUAUACACAUGGAUGACUUAAACAGGAGGAACUGCUACAGCUCCCAUGGUGCCUACUCCCAAAGCAAGCUGGCUCUGGUCCUCUUUACCUACCACCUGCAGGAGCAGCUGACAGCCGGCGGCUUCCCGGUGAUCGUCAACGCUGUGGACCCUGGAAUGGUGGACACUGCGCUGUACGACAAUCUGUGGACCCUUGCUCAGAUGCUCAAGAAGCCCGUGGCCAAAAUAAUAUUCAGGACUCCAGCAGAGGGAGCCUCCAUAUCUGUGUAUGCUGCAGCUGCCUCUGAGAUGGAGGGGGUGGGCGGCUGUUACCUGUACAAUGGCGAGAAGACAAAGUCCUCCGACAGCUCCUACGACUCUGACCUACAAGCUGAGAUGUGGAAAAAGAGCUGUAAACUUGUAGGUAUUUAGAGAGCCUGACCCUUUUCAUUUUAAAGGGUCAUGAAAGCAAUUUUGUAUUGCACUUCCAUGAAGUUGGAGGGCUUGCAGAUCAACAUCAACGCAGCAGAUGAUGAGAUAUCCUAACUCUUAGUCCCUCUUAUAGGUCGAACUCUAGAAACACUGGGUCCACAUUGUAACUUAGGCUUUCUGUUAGAAAUGUGAAGUCUCCAGCCAAUCAGAAAUAACUCUCUUAUAAGUAGUACUAAUAAUGUUAAGUCCUUUUUAAGAAAAACACUGAAUAUUUAAGACAUUGUAACAUCUGAGAAAGAUGCCAAAAUCUACUUACAGGUUGCACUCGGAGUGUUUUAUGUGUUGUUGUUCUCAUUCAAUUUUUAUUUAUAUAAUUUAUAAGUAAAUUUCCCAAGAUGUCCAAUC